AUGGACUUUGAGUCUAUUGCCAGUGACCUGCCCUGCAAAUUCGAUGCUACAUUAGUGAAAAUUAAGGCGAACCUGCAACGAGAGAUUGGCAAACGUAGCACAGGUCAGCACUGCUCGACAUUUAGAGCGAACACUGGUGACUCGCAGUCGAUCAUCGUGAAUACCAAUCGUUCUCGCUUGCCUUUGCUAAUGCUACCUAAAUUUAGUGGCGCGUACACCGAGUGGAGCAACUUUUUCUCGAUGUUCACCUCCGUCAUUGACAACGAUGGCGACCUAACGCAAAGUGAUAAGCUGCAAUACCUGCGUUCCUGCUUGAGUGGUGCUGCUUUGGAUACUAUCCAAUCUCUGGAGAUAAACGAAAAUAAUUAUAAAAAUACAUUAGAUUUACUCAAAAAACGUUUUGAUAACAAGCGAAUUAUAUUUCAGGCACACAUCAGACAGAUCUUUGGGCUGGACAGGGCAGAUGCAUCCGCAAGCAAGUUGCGGGAGUUAACGGACAAGGUUACAUCACACAUAGGCGCGUUGCUGUCGCUUGGGUCACAAGAACAAAUCGCUGACUGCAUCAUAGUUGAACUACUACUCCAGAAGUUGGACAAGGCUACUCAAUCCAAGUGGGAAGAAAAUUCAUCUAGCAACGAACUGCCGUCGUGGGAUCAGUUAGCUGCAUUUUUGGAAAAGCGGUGUCGUACCCUCGAAAAUGUGGAGCAUGCCAUACAAACCCAAACGGAUCAAGUUGACAGAAACGGUGGUUGCGCGUUUUGUCGGUGCUCUGAUCAUAGAAUUUACCACUGUCAGCAAUUCUCCACUCUUUCUCCAAACCUUCGCCAAAAAGAAGCCAAGAAGCUCUCGCUUUGCCUUAACUGUCUAAAGGGUGGCCAUCAGAUGAGGGAUUGCAAAUCUGGAUCCUGUAGAGUUUGUCAACUGAAACACCAUACGCUUUUGCAUUUUGACCGCACAUCUUCUGCUUCAACUUCUAUAUCAGGCCCAGUCACGCAACCACCCACAUUGAAAUCAAACACCAUAGCUGCAACAUCAUCUGUCCCUGGCCAUGCCCUCACUUCGAGAUCUCCAUCUGAUGCUGUGCUUCUAGCCACUGCAGUAAUUUUUGUCAAAAAUCGUGCUGGUACCUUCGUGCCAUGUCGGGCAACUUACAACUUCGUAGGACCAAAUAUUCGGCGGCAGUUUCGGGCAUCGGGGAUGCCAACCUGUCAACUGAAGGCUAUUCGGUCAAUGUCGUACUGA